GGCGUUUGGCUCGGGGAGCGAACGAGCGGCGAGAGGGUGAGAAACCAGCGGAUCUGGCCCUUUAAAUCACCAAUACUGCUACGGCGCACAUCAAGAGGAUCAAACUGAUGUGAGUGAAAUCGUCUCAGAUCUUUCUUCAUUGGAAACUGCACACAUAACUUCAACGGUUUGUCCACUUCGGAGAGGGUUGUGUCCACCCCCCACCAGACAGUUUUCUUAGGUGUUGGUGUCUUCUGAUGGAUCAGUAUGUCUACCACUAACAAUAUCGCCCAGGCCCGAAAACUGGUGGAACAGCUAAGGAUCGAGGCAGGGUUUGAGCGCAUCAAAGUGUCCAAAGCGGCCGCAGACCUGAUGAGUUACUGUGAGCAGCACGCCCGUAGUGACCCUCUCCUCGUCGGGGUGCCCACCUCUGAAAACCCUUUCAAGGACAAGAAGCCCUGCAUCAUCCUAUAGCUCUCCUCUUUGUACCUGUGCUCUCAGUAACACACACACAGACGCACACACACACAUAUUUGCACAUUAACCUGAUUUGACCUCCCUUGUUUUUGUUCUCACAUAAAAAAAAAAAAUAACACACCUCCUUUACAGGUCCUACUCUCUCGCAUUACACACGCUCCAAAAAUAACUCAAACACGCCAUACUGUUUGGCUACAGGUAGGGGGCAGCAAGUAUCAUAUGCUCCCACUUUUUCAAAGCUGUUUAUCACUGAUUAAAGGUGCUUUGGCAGAGUUUGCUAGUAAUAGUACACCAGGUCAACUGAAGGAAUCUGUAACGAGUAUUGAAUUGAUUAAACUAGAUGAAGGAUGGAUAACUGUGUUAUAGACUGUGAGAGCGUGUGUUUAGGUUUUAGCCAAUGAAUUUAUAGUCUCACCUCAAAAUGUUUAAAAUUCAAGUAGGACAUUUACAACCUUAAACCUGUCUGUAUUAAACUAUGAUAGACAAGAUUAACUUUGGAGCAAGUGGCUAAAGCCUUUUUUUUAGAGCUAGCAUGAUUCUACUCAAGCCUAGCUCAGGGUCGUUCUGCCUGUGACCUACCCAAUAUGGCCGCCUACAGCCUUUGGCCAAAUCUCCAGCUGUGCCAAACUUGUACAGAAAUUCUCCACUAGAUGCAGGUCUGCUUUCACUCUUUCCUCUGUAUCUUCGAUGUACAUUUUUUUUCUUAGCAGUUUGUGGAAUACAUGUAGGUUUUAUAUUUUUGUUGGACUUAUUAUAGUAUUUUACAGUUUUAACAUUUAUUUUACAGUAUUUUUGGUGAUGUAACCCCCUGGUGGAUCAGGUUUCAAGCCAACUAGAACGAAACUACAUUGGUCUUAGUAUUGACCCAGGGGGGCACCGCGUUUUUUUCCUAAAUAUCAUGCCUCCUAUUACUUUAGUUUACACAUUAAGGUGAUAUUUCAGACUAGACAUGCCCAGAUUAGUUUACACCUAUCCCAAAAAAGCUAUAUCAGAAAAUGAAGGCACCCUUUUGUCCAUUUUUUCCUAAUUAGAGGUGCAAUAGGCGACUUUAUUUCAUGUUUCAACAUAUGAAGGUGCUUAGUGUUUUUGUUUUGCUUUGAUAAUGAAGAAGCCUGUUUUUGAGGUUAGAUUCUUGAAAAUUUUCCGACUUUCCCUAACUACAACGUGUCUUCUUUUUUACACCCUUCUUUUUCCUCUACAACUUUACUUCUUUCUGAAAAACCAAACUUGAUUGUAAAAAAAAAGAAGAUAAAAAAUAUGAAGUUGCGACAAACAAACUAAAUGUAUAAACUUUCUUUGAGAUGUGCAGAAGUGAUCAGUUGAGAGUAGCCGUAUUGGAUUUUAUUUUGAGUUUCUUCUUUCUAUGGAGUCCAUGGAUCCUGGUCAGUUGAGUAUUACCCUGUACAGUGUUUGUAAGAUACAAGAUCUAAACACGACGUCCCCUCUGUGGAUGUUCGAUUUUUUUACUUUUACUUUAUCUUCAUGUCGGUCAAGUUUCUGUCUCUCGUCACCUCUUAUUUUGGACCAUUUGUGUCAUUGGGGCUUUUGAGUGGGGUUGGUUGUAGCAGCACUGAAAGUAAUGAAGGAUAGAAAGCCAAGAUUUAGUUUUGUUAAAGAUUAUACAGUUGAAAGAUGAGUCUCCGCUAGUCAUUCGGUUGACUUAAGACUUCCGUUAAGGCCAUUUCUAAUUUGUAACUUUUAUUUCUCUUGUCGAAACAGUUUUAUAGGAUUUUAGAGAGAAAAAACUAAAUAUUUAUCUGUCUUAUUUCGUGGUUCUCAAUCUGUAGUAUAAGAACCACUAGAGGACAAACGCCUUCUGUCCUUAGACUUCACUUCUCUAAGCUCAUCAAUCUCUUGCCUCAUAUUAGGUAUUACACACUCUUGUUGAUACUGUCGACUGAAGAAGACUCUUAUUGGUUGUUUUAAUUCUGAAUUUUGUGAGCUCUGACACUAAACAUUGAAUUCAUAAAUAGGCUUUUCAAUUUGGUGUUUACUCAAAGUCCAUUUCUUUCAUAGAAGUGGCGAGAAGAGCAUAGCAAUUAGCGUAACUACUCGCUAUUAUCUUUUUAAAUCUGCUAUAACCUAUAUACGCUGGUAUUGUCUUGGUCUGUUUGCAAUUUAGCGUCACCAUCAUUGUAUUUCAUCCAAGCUGCUACAACCCCCCUUUACUCCUUCUCCCACCUGGAAAAGCCUUCACAUUUUGUUUUUGUGAUCGGACAACUAGGACAACUUCCACACAAAACUACUAUACAUACACUCCCCUGCAGUUCGCCUGAUAGCUUUGAGGUCAUGAUGAGGCUAAAGCAUUGACAGAGAAUGACUGGUGACACAUGCGUAGGUUUUGGCCAUCUUGUCAUCUUGUGUGCUUUUCCUUGCAGGUUUUGAGAGCAGGGCUGGGCUAGUUUUUGUAGGUUAAGGGUUGUUGAUGGACAGUGGAUUGGCCUGUCCCGCUGUGUUUUGGGCUCCUGUUUUCUUAUCAGCAGGGCACCAUGACCUACCUGCUUCUGUUUGGCACAAUGUAAGGGGCGAGGGCUGUCAGUCUCCAUGGCAGCACGGAAAGAUUUGGGACAUUACACUUUGUACGGGUUGGGAGACAGGCAAUUUGUAUCUAGUUCAAGUAACUGAGAGCUACCCGUGUUCAUUCAGUGUUGACAUGAUGACAAUGUGAAGUUAUGACUGCUCAGUGUAGUGUGGUUAUAUAGUAGGUUUGAAUGAUUAUUAAGGUAUUAAGCUAUGUAAACUGUUACACAAAAAACAGGACUAUAACUUGAAAAUAAACAUAAUUUAAAAAUCUAGAUAGCAACUACCAACGUUUGUGAAAUUCACUAUUAACACAAUAACAAUGAUCAGUUAUAAGAUGAGGUUGCAGUGCUGGUAAAUGAGCUCCAGGAAGUUGAAUAUAGUGGAUGUGUUUUUGCAAUUCCUGUGCUAAAGCAUACAAUGAAACAACUAAAAGUAGCCAUAAAAUAAGAUAUAAUUCAAUUGUAUGGCCAAAUCAAACAGACGUGCCAAAAGUUACAGCGUUUGAUAUUUAUUACUAACCCUAACCCCACAAAAUUCCAUGUUUACAAUGCCUCAAAUCUCCAAACCAACAAACAACUGGCAACCUUCUACCAAAAACGUUCCUGAGUUGCAUGUUGACUUGGCAUAGAUUUAUGUCAGAUGUCCUCCCUUAAGCAUUUAUUCAGGUUUGGGACUGGUGCAAAAAGUAAAGUGGCGUGUGAUCUAUAGGGGGUGCAUGGAUUACUGUUUGAAUCUGAACUCUCGAAUACAGUGCCAUUAUCUUAGCAAAAUAUAGAGAACAAGGCCUACUCAACACAUUGCAAUAAUAUGCCAUGUAAAUUUCAAGCCAAGCUUUUACCUGCCAUUGUUACUCGAGUAGAAAGAGCAAGAAAAGUACACAGAAAACUCUAUUAGUAGCUAGUUUGAAAGGUCUUACAUGUUGGCAUGAUGGUAACAGAAUUAAAAGACAAAAAACACACACUUAAGUAAAUCUUUGUUAUUUUUAUGUUGCUUUGAGAGAAAACUGUGAACACUGCAAAAUGGGAAACCAACAUUAAAUUGUAAAAGUAUUUUAUUCAUUUUCACUUGUUUGUUUAUUGCCAGGUACCUAUUUGAUUUGGGUUUUGAUAUAUUGUGCCCUUGUUGUAAGUAAAUACAGUAUAUCUUACCGUGGUAACAAUGCUAAUAUUUCUUAUUGUAAGUGAAAUUGAAAUUAAAAGCAAAUAUUCUUCAAAUGAAAGUUUAUUAGAUACUGAAAUGCUGCUCAAGUAUUUUUUAGCAUAUAGAAUAGUGAUUUUAUUAAGUACAUUUAUUGAAAACAGUCACAGGGCAAAUAUGCAAAAUAAAAAUAAAAUAAAAUACAUGUAAAAAACAAAAACAAACUCAAAUUAAGAUGAUAUACUAUUUCAAUAUAUUGUGACUACAUAUCUAUAUUUUUUUUUCAUUUAUUUUUAUUUUGUCAGUAACUCAUUACAGUCUACAUACAUUAGUUUCAAUCGGAUGCCAUUAAAAUAAAACAUAUUCCGUGUGUAGAACUUUACAACAAAAUCAAACACUAAAGUCACUGUCCCCAAGUGUAGGCAGAAGCUAAAGCUGAUUUACACUCAUUUUUUGGCAGUGAAGUUCUUUAUCUAGUUUUGAAUAGUAAUGCUACAGGCCAGGUCACGGUUAGCUUGACCAGAAUGAGGAGGUCAUAUGAGUCAGUUUACGAGAGAGGCAUGCCUGACCUCUGCAGCUCGUAGUGAAUUCAGGAGCAGUUAUGUUUUUACAGACAGUAGUUGGAGUAGAACAUGCUAUGUGGGCUAAUCAUUGCUUAAAAUAGUUGUCAUGAUAACGUAAAUAGCUUGGCAUGUGUGAUUUAUUUCCUACUCUGUUGCUUUUUUGGGUUGCCAUGGAUCGAGAUGUUAAAGGUACACUGUGUGACUUUUCAGGUUGUGGGUCAGCCGUCAUGGAGAUGCUAUUAGUUUGCCUGUAAUGUGCCACAACAUGAUAUUAAAGUUACAUAAGAUGCAUUUAUUCAAUUAUGGGUGUUUUUAUUGCUCAAAAAUAGCUUUAAAAACAUUCAGUCUUAUUGUGAGUGGGGCCUCUUCACAGAUCUCGCCUGUAAAUUGGCCUGGUGGCAUCACCUGCUUGUCUCUAUGGAGAAUGAUAAGUUUGGAACACUGCAGGCAAAGCUGUAACAUCUCCACAGAAGCAAACAACUGGCGGGCCCUCUCCGAGAAAAGUUACAUAGUGCACCUUUAAGGCCUAUUGAGUUGCAUGUUGAUUUGGCAUAGAUUUAUGUCAGAUGCCCUCCCUUGUGCAAUUAUUCAGGUUUGGGACUGGUGCAAAAUAUAAAGUGGCUUGUAACCUAUAGGAUGCAUGGAUUAACGAUGAUAUCAAAAUAGUACACAAACGCUGAACUGAUUUAGUAGUGAUUUAAACAUGUGAUUUUAUGCCAGAUGCCCUGCCUUAUUUAUUAAUCUUUACGGGACAAGAUGCAAGAUUUCCAGUAUGGUAAAGGGCCUUAUAAUGUUUUUAAUAUAAAAUAGAUUAAAGUUGUGUCAUAAGCGGGAAACUUAAUACUUAAAUUGUUGCUCCCAUGUAAACAAAUGGUACAGUUCAGACAGUCAUAGGCGUGGCACACAGACCUAUGCUUUAUGUACUGAUAAAUGUUAGUAAAUGCUGCUUAUUGUAGCUGGAGUCCUUUUGAAAAACCUGCUAUUUAUUGCCAAAGCUUUUGUUGCUUGACUUUGCCAUUCUCUCCAUUGUGAGGAAGAGUGAGCGAAAGGGCAGCUGAUGUAAUAGCAUAACAAUGCACAGUGAAACCUGAGUGUUAAACAUGGUCCCCGGACAUGAAACUCCAGUAGGAUUCAGGAAACUUAUAGUAUUUACAUAUGAAGGAUUGCAACUGCAGACAUAACUACAUUUUAAUGCACAAUUCUACAAACACUCAAGUUGUCCUGAUCAUGUGUUUUUUUGUUUUUGUAUUGUUUGUUUGUUUGUUUGUUUUAAAGGUGCAUUGUGUAACUUUUCAGGUGGAGGCUCUGUCAAAUGCUUUUCUCCAUGAAGAUGUUCUUGCUUUGCCUUGAAUGUGUCACAGUAUGGUAUUAAACCUUCCUACCUUCUUUCAUGGAGACCAAACCAGACCAAGUUAUAGGUCAAAUCUGCAGAGAGGCGACCCUGCUUACAGUCAGAAUGCCUGUUUUUUUAGAUAUUUUUUUGCUAUAAAACCACGUGUAAUUUAAUAAAUGCAAAGCAGAGCUGUUUAAUGUCAUACUGUGGAAUAUUCCAUAGGCGGAGCAAUGACAUGUCCAUAGAAACAAGCAGGUGAUGAACCUCCACCCAAAAAAUAACAUGGUGCACCUUUAAUUUUGUCUAUUCGAAUCAUUCCAUUGCUGGUUGGGCUUACAAUCAGAGACGCACAGUAUAUCCUCCAAAAUGCUUUCCUGAUUGGACGGUUGUUGCCUUAAAGUGGCGUAGAUAUCGUGCUGGUUUUGAGGAUGCCAUUGGGGUUGUGACAUAAAGCGAGCCCCAGACUAUUUGGUAUCUGCUAGAGAAAUAAGAGCAGACUUUUUCAUAUCGGCUGCAUCGGCUCUGAGCCCCUCCGCGUUUUUGUGUUCGGAUCUCCUGUGUAUGCAUACUGUAUCUUUUUGCCUUGAUUAUGAAGAAAAUAUAUCUAUUUUUUGUAACUGUUCUCUGAUGUGCCAUAACUCAUGUUUUCUUGCACACUGUUAAUAUUUUGUGGAUAUUGCUGUUAAAAAAAGAUAUUGAGAAGUAGAUAACAUUAAUAAA